GGCGAUAGUUUUGAUUUUGUUGAAACACUCUCUAAUGAAAAGAUAAGUUGUGUGUAGUGGAGCAGAGGGAAUUUCGACCCGAAUUUUCAAUUUGUUUGAUGGAUAGAGGGAAAAGUACACCAGUUCCAAUUUUUAACUACAGAAAGAGACCAAGACAAGCUGUUAUUGCUGAUCCUCAGGAUGGACAUUCUAUUACGAAUAAAUAUCAAGGUUUGAUGCCAGUUGGUGGAUUCAGUAAUGAAAAUAGGUCAAGAAAUAACAAUCAAGGUCUCCAGAGAUUCUCAGCUUUACAGAAUGCUCCAAUCACUGAAAGGGGAGAUCAACCAGCACAACCCUUUCAGCAAAGAAAACAUGCUAGUCAGCAGGGAAAUUGUCAAAAACCAUUCAACCAGUCAAAUACUGGAGCAUCAUUCUACACAAAUAGAAAUUCUUUUUCAAGUAUAAAUCAAAUGGGAGAUUCUUCGAGACCUAUGAAACAGCAAACUAAGGGAAUAAACUCUGUUACACAACAGCAGAGUGUUGGAAAUUUUAAAGGAGGAUAUACAAACCAAAAUAAAACAACAUAUGAUAAUCAGAGCAAAGUCAGUCAACCAAGAAAAUUUCCAAGUGCUACCAUCACAUCUGGAAAUCAAAGAAUCUGUAAUACUAGUUCUGGGCUCCAGUUUGGCAUGGAACAAGGAAACAAUAGAAAUCAGCAGCAAAGCUUUCAACCUACACAAGCUCCAAUGCUUAAAACAUAUCAAGGUCAUCAAAAUAACCAACAGAAUUAUAGAAAUUAUAAACAAAACACUCAGCAGAGCUAUGGAUCAGCCCAGCAACAAGGCUAUCAACAGAAUUUAAAAAAUAAUCAACAAAAUAAACCUUUUAAAAAAGUUGAUAUGCCCAGUAUGUUUCACCAAGAAAGAAAUACAAGUGGUAUAAGGGGUAGCCCAUUUACUGGAGGUAUUCCUAUUGACAAUAGUCCAGCUAGGGGUGCUGUUUACCCUGGAGAAUCAAAGGUUUUUUGCAAUGGACCCCAAACCAGUGAUAGAUUUCAGAAAGAGAAACAGCAGAACAAAAAGCAGAGUGAGAAGAAGAUUGACCCAAGUCUACAUGUGAUGACUCUUCAUGCCUCGAGCAUUCCUCACUGGGCCAAGUAUAGAGAUAACAUCCAUAUGAUAUUUGAAGUUUUUGGUAUUAUAGAUUCAGCUGUUGUAAGAGAUGCUACAGGUACCCACAGAGAAUUUAUACUCAGAGAUGAACAACAUCUUUUGAAGUGUGUCUUCUAUGAGAUAGAUAGAGAAUUACAAAAGUUAACAAGAGGACACUGGCAUAGAUGUGUUGGUACUUAUGAUAUAAAAAAUGGAUGUUUUAAAUGUGUAUCAGUCAGACCUGCUACUAUGGAGGAGAAAAAUCAUGGACAACAGCUGGCAGUAUCUACAAAUGAAUUGUUAAAACAAAUGACAAGGCAUUUACCAGAACAGUGAUCAUAAUACUGAAUCUUAUUGGAGAUGUGGUUCUAAUAUUCCAUGAAAUGCAUACUCUCCAUUCAUUUGUAAUGUGCAUUUUUAAGCUAUGGGGAAAAAAACCCUUAAUCAUUUAUAUUUUUUUCAAACCUCAAAUUUGAAAUCAGUAUAACAAAUACUUUCAGAAUAUCAAAGGUUAAUCCAUGAAUAAGACAAAAGUGACUUGAUUCUAAUCUAUGCAAAUACGUGAUGACCAACCAUUGCUCUAUUCAGUUGUUUUAGAAACCUUAUCUUACUUUGAUAAAAAAAAAUGCUCUCACAUAAUAAAUAAUCACAAAAAUGUAUGGGACCAUUUAGUAUUAAAACAUUUUAUUUGUUUAUUCCUAUACCUUUAUGUUCCUCAUUUUAAAUGCAACUGAGUUAUGUCCCCUGUAAAUGGGGGGGGGACUGGCAAUUUUUUAUGGUUAAUAACUUUAGUUUGCUUUGAAUAAAAUAUUAAGACAGAUAUGACUAUAAACAAAUAAAUAAUAAUUUAUGUUCUACUUUUUUAUGUUUGCAUAUUUAACAAAUGAAAUAUUUGCCACUGGACAUCAAGCAAACAACAUUCAAUAAAUCAUUUGAUAGAUUUAUUUAUAGUCUGAUAAUUGGAUUUGAUUUUGAGCAUCACAAAUUAUAUGGUACAGGGAUUAUGCCUAUAAAAAACUUCAUGUUUUGAAUUACCUAGAUGAUUUCUUUGAUUAAAAGAUUUAUAUACUGUCCAUAUUUGUUUUCCUUUUUGAACAUUCAAAUACCCUUUAAAGGAUCCUUUCUUCAUUAUAACCUCCUUUUACUUGUAAUUAAACCUAAUAUUAAUGCCUCCUUUUAUCUAGGGAAUUUUUAAUACAGACUUUGCCUGAGAUAUUCCCCUUUAUAAAAAAUGCCUCUAAAUCUCUAGAUGUGAAUAUAAAUUUAGUACAUGUUACAAUGAUGUGAACAACAUAGAAUUCAGAGAGCAUUAGUUUGGCUGUGCCAAAUAUUUACCUAUUUUUCACUUUUGUGCUUUAUUGUGAUUAACAAAGUUUCAUGUGAUAGACUUGUUUCUUAGUUAUAUGAUGUUAUAACUUUUUGUUGUUGAUAAUUAAUUAAAACAUUACUGAUAAUU